AUGAGCCAAUAUCUCUAUUCAGAAAUCAGUUAACCAUCUCAAUAUUUGAAAAUGAUGUGAAAAAGUCGCUAAAUUUUCCCAUGCCAUUUCUACUUAAAUAUUGAAAGCUGAAAUUUUAUCAGACCUUAUAGAUUUGGAAAAGAGAUAGAAUUAACUAUCAAAUUGCAUAAAUGCUAAGAUAAACUAAUUAUAGAAGUAGCAUUCACUAUCGAUUCAAAUGCUUAAAGCUAUAACAAAUUUAUUUCCUUAGCAAUAAUUUCAUAGAUUAAAUAAAACUAUUUUUGGUAAUCCAAUAUUGCAAUAAUUGCGAAAAAUUAAAAACUUAAAAGUUGAAAUUGAAUUGAAUAAGAAGUACCUUUUUAAAACAACUUUUAGGUAUUUCGAUUAUUUAUUAGAAAUAAUAAUGGACAAGAAAGUGAAAACAAGAAUACUUGAUGGAUUUAGAUAGUUAUUUAUUCACAGUAGGAAAGUAAGUGAGCAAGUAACAAACAAGUUUUAGAAUAGCACAUUAUCUAUUGAUAAAGACGAGUUAAUAAGAUUCCUAGAAGUAAUAUAUCAAAAACAGAAAGGAAAAAAAUAAAAUAAAGAAUAAGCUUUAGAAGCUAGAGAAAUUUAAUUGCUCUUGAUUGAGAAUGCUUUAUUAUUCAUUGAAUUGUUUAUAUAAGAAUCAUUUCCCUUUAUUUCGCAGCAAUCUAAAUUAGUAAGGAAUAUAACUUAAGUUGCAAUUAAAAAGGGAAAAACAAUUAAAGAAGAUAAAAAUCUAAAAAUAUUUUAGUCAGAUUUCAAAGUUUUGGCUUAUCUUACUCAAUUAGUUCUACUGAAGAGAAGAAAGCAUUUUAUUCUUUUUUUUUCUUUCAAAUUUUUAAUCCACAAUGGGCUCUUAAAACUCCUUUUUUUCAACAUAUUACUUUUCUAUUUAGUCUAUAAAAACCAAACUUCAAAUCAAAAACUAGACAAUCAUAUUUAAUAAUGA